AUGUGUCGUGUCAGAAAGGGAGAUGGGACUUUCAGAGAAUGUCGAGCGUUAUUAGAUGCGUGCGCCGCUGCACACCUCAUCACCGAAAAUGUCUCGAGAGAAUUACGCUUGCCGAUUAAACCAUAUUCAAUUCUCAUUCACGCUAUUAACGAUACCGUAACUCGAACGACAGGCGUUAUUGAGAUAACCAUUCAAUCGCUAUACAAUAAAUAUAGCCGAAACCUUUUGCUCUUCAUCGUCCCUAAGAUAGCUGAUCAGGUACCCGGAGAAGUCUUCCCGCGAGAACUCGUUAAAAUUCCGCUCAGUCGAAAACUGGCGGAUCACCAGUUCCAUCUACCACGACCGGUCGACAUCUUGAUAGGUUCCGGAGCAACGCUCGCACUCAUGUCAAUAGGAUUCUUGGCGACGACCAAAUUAAGGGAACAGUUAGAAAGAUUUAGGUUAUUAGAAGACGCAAAUAUAACAAGAUCGAAGUCAGUAAAUGAAAUAGAUUGCGAAAAUCAUUAUGUUAAAGAUACGAAGCGUGACGAAUCGGGACGAUACAUUGUGCGGCUACCUUUCCGCGAAGAGAGACACGAUUACAGUCACUUGCGCGGUAUAGCUUUACGCCGAUUCCACAAUCUCUGGAAGAAGUUACACGCGAAUACCAAACUCUGGAAGGAAUACGAAAGGAUUAUACAGGAAUACGUCGAUUUAGGACAUAUGUCGACCGUCGAAGACGAACCUACGGGAGGUUUUUAUCUUCUUCACCACGCGGUCAUUAAAUCAGCUAACAUGACGACAAAGACUUUCUCUCAACAACACCAUAUUAGUCAGACCUACAAUCCAAGACACUUUAGUAGAACACUUGUUACGAUUCCAAACGUAUCGGUACGUACUGACGGCGGAUAUCGAGAAAAUGUAUCGACAAAUAUGGAUUCAUCCGGACGAUCGCCAGUACCAACGGAUAUUUUGGUAGCAUAA